CACACCGCGGGGCGGAUAUUACGCCGCCAUAAAACUGAAAGCUUCCAUGACAACUGAAAGCAGAAGCAAAUUGGACUGCGUCGUUUGGGGCUACGCGCGCUGUGUUUUCCUCGUGGCUACUAGGCUUGGUUAACAACGCCACAAAAUAUCCAGUGAAAUGACCCCAUUGCAUACAAUCAGACUGUUAGUGGUUCUCGAGGCAAGCUUCUGGUUCUAUGUAAUAGAGGCUGUGCCAAGAAAUUCGCGGUGUCUGCGACCUCCUUCAAUAGAAGGAUGCGACAGCUUGCUGCUGCAGUGGAGCUUUAUACCAAGCGCUAACCAAUGUGAGCAGGACUUUGCCUGUUAUCAGCAGCCGAACAGCUUUCCCACCAGAGAAGAAUGCGAGAUAACGUGCCCACGAGUUUCUGCACCAACGCCGCCUAUCAGGAUUCUCGGCUGCCGUUACUGGCUUCUUCAUAUGUCGCUCUGCAAGAAAAGUUGGGCGUCUUCCCGUCGGGACUUUUUCGGAAAAACCCACGAUCUCAUGGUCUUCACUGGCUGUGGUUACUGGAAAAGUAGAGUGUACGUCUAUGAUCUCCUCUCUAAAAAAUGCCGAGUGAAGCCCUGGUGGUGGAGGCUGCCUCCUGAGAAAAAGCCAUUGUUUGCCGACGCAAUCAGUCCCGUUAUUGUUCCUGUAGUAACGACUUUCGUAUCACUUGAUGAACCCAGGGUGCCUUUCAUGACUACGGACCGUUACUACUGAAAAUAAACAAUUCUUUAGACCUG